CCAGCGAUGUGGAAGGAGGGGGGGUUCUCCCAGCUGUUGUUUCUAAUGAAACAGUGGAGUGGGAGCCAGAAGACCUGCAUAGCCUGAUAAGGAGACAGACAGCGAGUUGGAGAAGCAAAUUAUGGAAGAAUAAACAUGAAAAAAGAUGACGAGUUGAUGUUUUUGUGAGUUUGAACCAGAGCUGCAACUGCCAGAGGAGAGCAGGUGGGAGGCCUUCCUAGUAAUGGCCAGCCUACCGAAGGAACCCCUCGAGGAUUCCAAGAAGCAGAGCUUCUGGAUGCCAGGGAAUUAUGUGCGUACCGUGCACAGAACGGACCAGUCCUUCCAGGCUUGCAAUGACAUCAUGGCCUGCUUCAUGGAGAGAGCAAAGGUGGAGAAACAGUAUGCCCAGCAGCUCAGCCAGUGGAGCAGCAAGUGGAAGUCCAUAAUGGAUUCUCGGCCCCUUUAUGGCUCCCUCAUGAGGGCGUGGCAGUGCUUCUUCACCUCCACCGAGCGUCUGUCUGCCCUCCACUCCUCCAUCUCUCAGUCGCUUGCUGAAGAGGAAGGUCAUCGGGUGAAGACCUGGCAGAGGGAGACCUUCCCCAAGAAACUCUUCUGUGGGUUCAAGGAGAGCUACGACAACAAAACCAGUUUCUCACGUGCACAGAAACCCUGGUCCAAAAAGCUAAAGAAGCUGGAGAAGGUCCGUGUCACGUACCACAAGUCCUGCCAAAGGGAGCAAGCAGCCCAGGAUAAGGAGAAGCAAGCAACCGAGAAUGCUGAGCUGAGUGAGGAGAAAAAGCUGAAGCUCGGAGAGGCCAAGGAGAGAGCCGCAGAGGAAAAAGAAAAGGCCAGAGAUCAGUAUGAAAAAGUUCUGGAGGAACUGACGUCCUACACACCUCGCUACAUGGAGGAGAUGGAGGCCAUUUUUGAGCAGUCGCAGGAGGAGGAGAGGAAGAGGAUCAGCUUUCUGAAGCAAGUGUUCCUCUCCAUCCACAGACACCUGGACAUCACCAACAAUGAGAGUGUGAAAGCAGUUUACAGCGAGCUCCAUCAAACCCUGAUGUCCAUCGACGAGCAGGACGACCUCAAGUGGUGGAAGAACAACCAAGGUCCCGGCAUGCCGACUGACUGGCCAAAGAUUCAGGAAUGGGUCCCGCCAGUGAAAAAACUGAAGAGGAAAAGAAGAAACCAGAAAGGAAAAGAAAGUCGGCCUGUAAUGAUUGGCGGCGUGAAGGUGAGAGCUCUCUAUGACUACGUGGGAGAGGAGAGCGAUGAGUUGUCCUUUAAAGCAGGUGAGAUCUUCCUGAAGGUGGAGGAGGAAGACGACCAAGGCUGGUGUCGAGGGGUGCUGAGUGGAGGGAAGGAGGGCUUCUACCCUGCAAAUUAUGUUGAAGUUGUUGAGUGACUUUCUGAAUUUUUUUCUCACAACUUGUUUUUUUUAUGCUUAAAAAAGCAACACAUUAUUAAUGUUUCUGAUGGAAGAUGCUCAUUGUCAGGUGCAGACCCACAACCAACUGAUUUUAACCUUAAGGCCUUAAUAUUUUAACUUACUUUUGCAGUUUGAAACUCAUAAAAUCAAGAGUGUACUGUCUGAACUGGAUGUGUAUGUGUGAGUCUGCAUGUUGUUGUGCCUGCAAAGAAAAAUAAGGAAAAAAUAUUUAUUGUCUGUUACCAUAUAUGAGUUAUCACAUCCCUGUAUUAAAGACAGUAUGAUGCUGGUUUACAAUGCUCUGUGCAUGCAGUGUGAAUGUUUACCUUAUAUGUAUUCUGAGAACACAGAUGACAACAUCUUUAACAACUUUCAUUUCACAAUAAUACCAUUGAAUUGCCUCUCACAUUUUGGUGCGUGCUUUUUAAUGAUUAUCUGUGAAAUUAAAAUGAAACCAAAAACAUUUGA